AUGGCGGCAAGAAAACUGCAACAAGAAGUAGACAAGUGCUUCAAGAAGGUGGCCGAGGGCGUCGCCGAGUUUGAAGCCAUCUACGAGAAGAUUGAGCAGUCGAACAACCCCGCACAGAAGGAGAAGCUCGAGGACAACCUGAAGCGCGAGAUCAAGAAGCUGCAACGGUUGCGCGACCAGAUCAAGACAUGGGCUGCCAGCAAUGACAUCAAGGACAAGGCUCCCUUGCUGGACCACCGGAAGCUGAUAGAAACGCAAAUGGAGAAGUUCAAGGCCGUGGAAAAGGCCAUGAAGACCAAGGCCUACUCCAAAGAAGGCUUAUCAGCGGCGGCCAAGCUUGACCCCAAGGAGCAGGCCAAGGUGGAGGCAGGCGAGUUCCUCAGCAACAUGGUUGACGAGCUGGAGCAGCAGAUCGAAGCCCUGGAAGCCGAGAGCGAGACGAUACAAGCGACCAUGAAGAAGGGCAAGAACCAAGGGGCCAAAGCCGACCGAAUGGCCGAGAUCGAUCGGAUAAUCGAGCAGCACAAGUGGCAUCAGGGGAAGCUGGAGCUUAUCCGGCGGUCGCUCGAAAACGGAGGCGUCGACACGGAUCAGGUCAACGACCUCGAGGAGAGCAUCCGCUACUACGUCACGGACGGCAUGAACGAGGACUACAUGGAGGACGAGGCCAUGUACGACGACUUGGCCCUGGACGAGGACGAGGGCGCGUUCGGCAUGGCCCAGGACAACGAGAAGAGCUCGUCGCAAGACACGCAAUCGGUACAGGAGGAGGCUCCGGCGCCCGAACCCGAACAACCACCAGCAGCGGCAGCGACGACGGCAGCAGCACCGAAACCCACGUCACGGAAAGCGCAGAAGGAUCCCGAGGUCGCCAGCGGCAGGAAAGGUUCCGUCCAGUCCAAAUCGCCACUGCCCGCAUUGGCCACGUUACACACCCCGCUGUUGUCGGCCAUCAGCAAUGGGAGCACAAGCGGGCCGGCCAUGAAGCCUGCGUCGCUGCCGACGCGACCAGCCGGCGAGGGCCUCAAGUACGCAUCGGCAGCGGCGGCGGCGGCAGCGAGCGACAAGAAUGUGGGCAUCGCCCCGUUACCUCCGCCACCAGGUUCAGCACCCGUAAGCAUAUCACCGCUGCCGUCGCAAGCCAAGACGAGCGCAACGAGCUCCCCCGCGAGCACCUCGGUCCAGCCCGUACCGCCACAACAACCCGAGCCCAAGCAGGCCCCCAUGGCCGGCCCUCCUCCUGCGGAGGCAGAGCCGACGAGCUCGCGCGCGUCAAGAAAGGCCAAGGCCGCCGGCAAGCAGCCCGCAGGCACCGAGCGGUCAGGGACGCCGACUGCGUCUCAAACGAACGGCGCCACGAACGGCGUCAAGAGGACCCCGGAGAGUUCCGAGGAAGAGUGCAUCUACCAUUUGCCAGCUGCACUCCAGGAUCUGGUCGACUCUUACGAGGCGACUCGAGGGCGGCCGGUCGUCCCCUCUUCCGCGGCCGCCAUACGGCUCAUGUCGGCUAGCCAGAUGACCAGCCCUGACAACAUCGACGCGGAGGUCCCGCGGACUUACCGGCCAGACGUGCCUGUGCCGCCGACAGGCUCAGGAUUCCCCAGGGAGCCGUUGCCCAUCUUCGACGACCCGCGGCUCUACUCCCGCAUCGACCCCGACACGCUGUUCUACGUCUUCUACUACAAGCAAGGAACGGCACAGCAGUACCUGGCCGCCAAGGCGCUCAAGGACCAAAGCUGGCGGUUCCACAAGCAAUAUCAGACAUGGUUCCAGCGUCACGAGGAGCCCAAGAACAUCACCGAGGAGUUUGAGCAGGGCACCUACCGGUUCUUUGACUAUGAGAGCACAUGGAUGAACCGACGGAAGGCAGACUUCAAGUUUGCGUACAAAUUCCUCGAGGACGACAUUUGA